AUGGAGACGGGCGCCCCCCGCAAGCCCUGCUGCCGGAGUGCGCUCACGGGACCCCUUGGGGAGCGUUUCCUCCUCCUCCUCCUGCUGCUCCCCGGCCCCGCGGCCGCCUCCGAGGCACCAGGGCUGCCACUGCACGGAGAACUGGUCACCCCUCACUGGCUUCUGAGAGGACGCAGCAGGCGAGCUGUCAGCGUGGCCGAAAAGGUGCCAGCGCCCGCCACGGGGGAUGUGGCCGUGACUGCUGAGGGCAGGGAGCUCAUCCUGGCACUGGAAAGGAACCACAGGCUGCUGUCGCCGGACUACACCGAGACGCACUACGCAGCCGGCGGGCAGCCGGUGACGCUGUCUCCCAACUACACCGAUCACUGUUAUUACCACGGCCACGUGCGAGGGUACCAGGGCUCCUGGGUGGUUCUCAGCACCUGCUCGGGGAUCAGCGGCCUGAUCGUGCUGAAUGCCAACGACAGCUACUACUUGAAACCCCUGGGGACCCCGGAACCUGAGCAUCACAUCCUCUAUAGGGCAGAGCACUUGCCAGUCGAAGGCGGGACUUGUGGGCAUAGCGGCCUGUUAGGAAGCAGCAUAGCUGACAUUGCCAGACUCGUCAGGCCGGUACAUCGGCUGGCCAAGAGAGACACCUGGAGGACCCUGAAGUACAUGGAGCUGUUCAUUGUCGCCGAUUACACCCUGUUCCUCAAACAGAAUCGCAACCUGGGCCAAACGAAGCAGCGGAUCCUGGAGAUCGCCAACUACGUGGACAAGUUUUACAGGUCUCUGAAUAUCAAAGUGGCCCUCGUUGGCCUGGAAGUGUGGACGGAGAGGGACCAGUGCACGGUCACCAGUGACGCCAACGCCACCCUGUGGUCCUUCCUGCAGUGGAAGAAGGCGCUGAGGUCUCGGAAGAAACACGACAAUGCCCAGCUGCUGACCGGCGGGACCUUCCGAGGGACGACCAUUGGGAUGGCCCCGCUGGAGGGGAUGUGCAGCGCAGAGAACUCGGGAGGUGUGAGCGCGGACCACUCGGACCUGCCGAUCGGAGCCGCCGCCACCAUGGCUCACGAAAUCGGGCACAACUUCGGCAUGAGCCACGACAGUGAGGGCUGCUGCGUGGAGGCCACCCCGGCUCAAGGAGGCUGCGUCAUGGCCGCUGCCACUGGCCACCCGUUCCCUCGCGUGUUCAGCCUCUGUAGCAAGAGACAGCUGGAGAGUUACUUCCACAAGGGAGGCGGGAUGUGUCUCUUCAACAUGCCCAGCACCAAAGACCUGGUGGUGGGCAAGAAGUGUGGAAAUGGCUUCCUGGAGGACGGGGAGGAGUGCGACUGUGGGGAGCUGGGGGAGUGCACCAACCCCUGCUGCAACGCACACAACUGCACGCUGAAGGCCGGAGCCCAGUGCGCCCACGGGGACUGCUGCCAGAGCUGCCAGCUGAAGACAGCUGGGACCAUGUGCAGGGAGCCGGCCGGAUCCUGCGACCUCCCUGAAUACUGCACGGGGGCCUCGCCCUACUGCCCCGGCAACGUGUACCUGCUGGAUGGUUCGGCCUGCGCCGGCGGGGAGGCGUACUGCAGCAACGGCAUGUGCCUGACUCAUCACCAGCAGUGCGUGCAGCUCUGGGGCCCAGGCGCCUGGCCGGCUCCCGAUGCCUGUUUCCAAGAUGUCAACACGGCCGGCGACACGUAUGGGAACUGCGGCAAGGACAGCCAGGGGCAUUACGUGAAAUGUGACCGGAGAGACGCCAAGUGCGGCAAGAUCCAGUGCCAGAGCUCAGCCAGGAAACCCAAGGGGACCAACACCGUCUCCAUGGACACCACCAUCCGCUUUAACGGGCGGGAGGUGAAAUGCAGAGGCACCUUCAUGUACGCCACCAAGGAUGAUGAGGGGGACCUGUCGGACCCCGGCCUGGUGAUGACAGGGACCAAAUGCGGGGAUGGGAUGGUCUGCAAGGACCGCAGGUGCCAGAACGCUUCCUUCUUUGAGCUGGAGAAGUGUAUUUCCCAGUGCCACGGCCACGGGGUUUGUAACAGCAACAAGAACUGCCACUGCAACGCCGGCUGGGCCCCCCCGUACUGCGAGAAGCCAGGCCUGGGGGGCAGCGUGGACAGCGGCCCCGUGCAGCACGACAACCAUGAAGCCAUCUUGAUAGCCAUGCUGGUCAUCUUCCUGCUGAUCCUCCCCGCCACAGCUUUGGGGAUCUACUGGUGCUACAGACGGAAGAACUCGCUCCUGAGCAAAUGGAUAAAGAGCACGAGGAAGAGCCAGGAGAUGGGCAGGAACGGCGCCAUCCAUCAGAAGGGAAACGGGGGCCAUUCGAACGCGGCUUUCACCUUGCAGGAUGUUUCCUCCUCUGCUAAAGCUGCCAACAGCACUAACAAAACAGCCAGGGGCAUCUUCCCCCUCAAGCCGAAUGGUUCCCAGCCCGUCAGCAUUGUCCACCCCCUUCGCCCGGCUCCCAGCCCAGCCGCUCAGCCCCACCGAGACCUCAAGCCGUCCAGGCCGCCGCCUCCUGGCAGCAAAUCCCCCGUCAUUCCGGCCAAAAGGAUCAGCUCCCAACCCAAGCUGCUGCCUCCAAAGAAGCCUCUUCCCAGCAGCCCCGUGAGGACCCCUGUGAUCGUCCCAAAGCACGGACCCCCUCGCCGGCCUCUGCCUGGGAGCCCUCUCCUGGCCAAAACACCUCCCUCGGCACCGGGACGGACCCUGCUGGUCACGGUCCCUCCCACCAACUUCAAGGCGGCAGGGGCCAGCUCUGCCAGGUACCUAACCAAGCCCGCCCCGGGGUUCAAAGUCCAGUCCGCCUCCAUCCCCUUUAAGAAAUGA